GCGUUGGCGCUGCCACGUCUUGGUGGGGGCGGCGGCGGCGACCGGCCACUGUGGCGCGGGAGGUGCCGGAGGUGGGGCUGGCGCCGAAGCAGGAUCCGGAUGGGUAAGAGCCCGUCGGUACCGGAGGGGAGCGCGGAGUACGGGGCCUCCAGGGGUGAGGAGGGUUGGGGGCCCGGGAGCGAGAGCGGGGCGCGCCGGGGGUUCCGGGGGCCGUGGUGGGCCGGGCUGUGGCUUCAUCAGACAGAUCUUACUGCAAAGAUGAUACCUGAUGAAACACCUAUGUUUGACCCAAGUCUACUCCAAGAAGUGGACUGGAGCCUGAAUACAGCUACAUUUUCUCCAGCCAUUUCCCCAACAAAUCCUGGAGAAGGUUUGGUUUUGAGGCCUCUUUGUACUGCUGAUUUAAAUAGAGAAUCUUUUGAGCAUAUGAAGAAAUCUGGGGAUUAUUAUGUUACAGUGGUGGAAGAUGUGACUUUAGGACAGAUUGUUGCUACAGCAACUCUGAUAAUAGAACAUAAAUUCACCCAUUCCUGUGCUAAGAGAGGAAGAGUAGAAGAUGUUGUCGUUAGUGAUGAAUGCAGAGGAAAGCAGCUUGGCAAAUUGUUAUUAUCAACCCUUACUUUGCUAAGCAAGAAACUGAACUGUUAUAAGAUUACCCUUGAAUGUCUACCACAAAAUUCUGGUUUCUAUAAAAAGUUUGGAUAUACAGUAUCUGAAGAAAACUACAUGUGUCAAAGGUUUCUAAAGUAAAAAUCUAUU